AUGCAUCAAUUGGGAAAAAGGGCACUUGCCACGUCUAUAAGGGACCCGUAUAACGCAUUGAUAUCGGUUCGGGCAAACCCAAAACCCGGAAAGGGUCCUCUAGCACCUCUCACGUGGACCGCUAAGGAUAACAUCACCACCACAGAAGAACCUACCACAUGUGCUUCCGCAAUUCUAAAAAACUACUACAGUCCAUUUGAUGCUACAGUGGUGAGACUCUUGAAUGAGGCAGGAGCAACUCUUUUGGGCAAGAACAACUUGGACGAAUUCGGCAUGGGGUCCUCAAAUACCAACUCUGCGUUUGGACCCGUGAAAAACCCGCUCUACGAGGAGUUUCGUGUUGCUGGUGGUUCUUCUGGCGGCUCUGCUGCUGCAGUAUCCGGUGAGCUUUGUGAUUUCUCUUUAGGCACAGACACAGGUGGUUCAGUUCGUCAGCCAGCAAGCUACUGUGGGAUUCUUGGGUUCAAACCCACGUAUGGAAGAGUCUCAAGGUGGGGAGUGGUAGCAUACGCACAAGGGUUCGAUACAGUGGGAAUUCUAGCGAGAGACUUUGCAGUUUUGAGAAAAACAUUUGAUGUGAUCGAUAAGUACGACGAGAAGGACGUAACUAGUAUGCCUAUAUGGAUACGAAAGAAAUUUGGCGCUGCAUUCCUCCCAGAGAAGCUAAAAAUUGGUGUUCCGCAUGAGUUCUUGGUUGGAGAGAUGCUGGAAGAAACAAGAAGUGAGUAUUUUGCCACACUUCGAAAUUUGCAAGACUCUGGACACGCAAUUAUCCCUGUUUCUCUACCCAGCAUCAAAAAAGCUCUUCCAGCAUACUACACUUUGGUUUCCGCCAGCGCAGCAUCUACUCUUUCUCGCUUUGACGGCGUGAGGUAUGGUGUUUCAAUUAAGCCUGAGUAUCCUGAGACGAUCGUUUCCACUAAUAGAUCUAAGGGUCUUGGGAUUGAAGUUCAGCGAAGAACCCUUUUGGGCAACUUUACGCUUUCUUCAGAAUCUGGUGAUCAUUUUGUGCAAGCAACUAAGAUUAGACAGCUGCUUGUGGAGGAAAUGAAUGACGUUCUUACCUUCCCCAAUCAUCUUUUGAACACUCCAGAGAACCCAGAUGGUGUCCAUGUAUUAGUGGCGCCCACUGCAUUUGGGGAGGCUCCAACAAUAGAAGAUUAUAAACUGGCAUGCAAGUCGAGUCUUGUGAAUGGUUACAUCAACGAUAUCAUGACGAUUCCUGCUUCUUUGGCAGGAUGUCCAUCUAUUUCUGUGCCAAUGAGAAAUCGUCGCUACGGCCUUCAGGUGAUGUCGCAGUAUGGCUACGACCACUUCCUCCUCAAAGCUGCUGAGCUUAUAGAGGCACACAGGUAA